AUGAGCGUCGAACAGAAAUACGAUGGCGAGUAUUGUCAAAUCCAUGUCUGUCUGAUCAAAUCCGGCCCCAAAAUCCAGAUCUUCUCCAAGAGCGGUCGAGACUCCACAACUGACCGAGCCGGUGUCUACGGAGCCAUUGUCGCAGGUCUGGCCAUCGGCACUCCACAGUGCAAAUUCCAGCGUACAUGUAUCAUGGAAGGCGAACUUCUGGUGUGGAACGACGAUAGCAAGCAAAUCGAGCGUUUCCGCAAGAUUCGUAAGCAUGUCCGAAGAGCCUGUCAUCGUCUUGGGUGCGCCCAAGACUCACCGGUCCAGGAAAGCGAACACCUUAUGGUGAUGCUGUACGACCUGCUCCUGCUGGAUAACGACAUUUGCGUACGAGAGCCGCAUGACCGACGACGUCAACAGCUGCGCUCAACGAUACAGUGCAUCCAAGGCCGAUUUGAUAUCAGCACCAGCACAAAGAUUGAUUUCAGGUCUUCUGGAGCAGCUGACCGACUCCGUCAACUUUUCGCUGCCACCAUCGCUCAAGGCGGAGAAGGCUUAGUGUUGAAGGGAUACACAGACCCCUAUCUCUGUCUCGACGACAGUGCUCAACAGAUCAAGCUCGAGAAAGACUACACUCAAGUGUCUCUAGACGAGGAUGGACCGGUAGAAAAUCGAACGAAGAGCAUCAGUCUUGAGAUUGCCCACAGCCAGCCCAACAAUAUAGCGACUUCCGGCCCCGUCUCUGUCCAAAAAAGAGUUCGGAGCCGGUCACCAUUGAAGAUUUCUCUGCCGUACAAAAGGGUCAAGCAGGUCGAUCCGACAUUACCGAAGUCGGCCAACAAGACCCGGAUGUCCAUGACCUCCCUGACGCGAGAUCCUACGGCAGCGGUCAAGCCUUGUCAUGCCAACACAAAUCCAUCCUCUGAGCGCAGCAUAAGUCAAGCUGCGUAUGACAGCGAGUCAACACUCGCUUCGCAAGCAUCACCCUGCAACUUGCAUUCACAGACAUCUCGCUUCAGUAACGAUGUCCUAGCUUUCCUCUCAAAGCUCAGAAUGCCUCUAUUGAUAUGUGAUUCAUCCAAAGAUCUUUUUUUCAGCCCACACAAAACUCAAUUUGACAUAUAUCAAGAACUUGUCAUCUCUUUCACUUUUUGUAAAAGGUUCUUUGCUAAAUCUGUGUUGGCACCCCAAACUCAGGAAGUAUCCGAAAAGGAUAAGAGAUCAUGCUGGCAUGUUGUUGUGGUUCGUCUAGAAAGAUAUCAGUCAUUUUUUAUCGAAGUCCAGACUUUGGUGACAAUGAUAGAGGAGGAGCAGCACACCGCCGCUGCUAAAGAUUUCCAUAUCCUCUUUGUAGAUGGAAGUCUAUUUGGUUUGCUAAUGGGCAAUGAAAGUCGGCAUUGGCAAGAUGCGAUCAGAGGUUAUCUGCAGUAUAGAGCAGGACAGGUCGUUCAGAUCACUUAUGGCGUGAGAUUUGGUGCAGACUUCCUUCAAGGUAUUUGA